AGUUAACAAGUGCAAGCGUAGCCGCAUGGACUGAUUUUUAUCGCAACGCCCAACUGACGAUCGAAAGAGGCCGAAAUGAAAUCUAUUUAAUUUGGCUUACAGCCCGAAAAAUGUAUAUAAAUAUAUAUGUGUGGUUAUAGAAUAAAGAAAAAACGUGUAGUUGUAUGCAGUGAUAAGGCGGUGACGGGGACGCAGGUACCAGGUGUCGCACUUGGUGCUGGGUUAGUUCGCCGCGCACCCUGACACCGUCGACAUCGCCUGACAUCGAUUGCACAAGCCCAUGUCGAAAAGCAUGUUCCCAAAGCUGGCCGAGGAUUAUGCGAAAUUCAAGCGCUAUGUGAAAUGGCUGUACACUCUCUACGAACUGAACACACAGAUCGCCAUCUGUGAGCCGUGGGAAAAGGUGUUCCUCCAUGUCCUUCUUGGCAGCUUUGUCUCCCUGAUCCUCUACGCAUCCUUUGCCUUUGUGCCGGGCUAUUGUGUAACGGUCUUCCAGCUUUUGUGGCCUCAAACGAGCAUGCAAAAUCUCACCAGCGCUUGCAAUACGAGCCUUGAGGGCUUUUGCGGCAGCGAAAGCGGAUCAGUAAUAACAUAAUCUUAGUGUAGCUUAUCUUAAUCAAUAAAUAAUUUAAGGCCCAGCGGGUAA